ACUUCCGGUUUCACUGCCCUUCGGGUCAUGAAGUUGCCCGUCAGUUUUGCUUCAUGGAUUGAACUUGUUAAAGCUUUCGACUCUUUGAUUCAACGGAAAACGACGACAUUAAAUUCUUCGGUGUGUAAUUUUAACUUUUUCUGCACGUCGCGUGCCGCACGCACCUGCGCCAGGUGUUAACGGGAAUUAAUCUCAGCGUUCAGGAUAAGUUACCAUAUCCUGAAACAUGGCAGAGUCACACACUCGUCCGAGAAAAAUGUCAAAAGCAGGAGAAAGUUUGUAUAAUGUGCUGGGCCUGGAGAAAGGAGCCACCCCCGACGAAAUAAAACGAGCGUACAGAAAAUUGGCAUUGAGAUAUCAUCCUGAUAAGAACCCAGAUAACCCCGAAGCUGCUGAGAAAUUCAAGGAGAUUAACAACGCCAACUCCACCCUGAAUGAUGAGAACAAGCGUAAAAUCUACGACGAGUAUGGGUCUAUGGGCCUCUAUGUGGCAGAGCAGUUUGGUGAUGAAAGUGUCAAAUAUCAUUUCCUCAUGAGCAAGUGCUGGUUUAAGGCUCUUUUUAUAUGCUGCACGAUCUCCACCUGCUGUUGUUGUUUUUGCUGCUGCUGCUGCUGCUGUGGGAAGUGCAAACCAGCAGAGGACGAGCAAAGCUUUUAUGUGGACCCCGACGACCUGGAAGCUGAGCUCAGGGAACAGGAAGCAGCAAGAGACCAUGUAAUAGUUAUACAGCCAAGCUCUACUGAAGCCUCAGGUGAGAACUCACCAAUCGUGAUCCAGCCUCAAUCAGCCAAUGGCGCCUCAGGCCCUGGACAGACCCCGAUAGCACUUCCAGCAGAAUGAAUUAAUCUAAGUGAGUGGAUGAUGAGGAAUGACGAUCUCUAGAGCUUCACAUCUGGGACAGCAUUGUAAAGUUUUUCUAAUGACUUCAGUUUAGUUGGUUUCCCUCAUAAACGGUCUUAUCCACAGAAAAUGUGUUUUCCUCUAAUCCUCACUUUUUUACAUUAAUUUUAACUAUUUGACAUAGCCAUGUUUUUUCUUUUAUGCCAGCUGUUUAUCUUUAGUCCAAUCUGAUAUUUAUUUUUUAAACUUUUCUUUUUAUAAAGUUUUGGGAAAAUGUGUACCACAGAGACAAAUGACAAAGCCAUGCGAAUCAAAGCCAGUGAGCUCUGAAAUUGUUUUUCUUGUGCACUUUAAAUUUGCAGGUUUUUGUUGAAGUUCUUAAGCUGCCAUGAUAGUCUGAGAAUGUCUUCAUUCAAGACCCAAGAUUUUCAUUUUUCAAGCAGGCAGAUUCAGGUUUCUCAUGUUGUUUAAGGGCUAAACACCUCAGUCUCUCUGCACACAGAAACGUAAAAUAAAUGGGUUUGGACAUGGGUGGACCUCCAUAGAGAUCCUCAAAGAAAUGAAUAAAUGUUGUGACUAAACUACAUGAACAGUUUCUGCUGCUGGAGUGUUUUAUCUCAGGUCGUAAAUAACUUGGUGACCUUUUAUUUUGUAAUGUUGAUGGACAAUUUAAGAUAACUGAAAAUCACCUUCGUUUGAGAGUUUGACUAAACCACUGUGGGUCAUUUUCAACCACAUUUUUUUGUUGAGAGAUGAAAAAUACCCAUAUUGAUUACCUUCUGCAUGUCUCCAGAGCAUAAAACAUAAGUCUGACUGCAGUCAAACGAAGCCAAAAAGACUAAUCAGCUGCUGCAAACUGAAAAAUAUUAUUAUGUUGAGUUGGUUUUAAUGGCUUUGUCCUCAUAGUUACUGUAUGCUCCACAGGUUUUGGUCUAUAUGGCUUGGUUUGACUUCAGCAGCAUUUAUUAAACAUAAACUGGAAGAGUAUCAGUCAAACGUUUGGACACACCUACUUAUUCACAUUUAACAGUGUGUCCAAACCUUUGACUGAUGCUGUAUGUACAGAUGACUAUAAUGGGACAUGGAUGCAGCAUGAAGCUGUUGCCAGGAGCUGAUUAACACAGCUCAAGGAAAGAUGGCGAGUCUAGUACUUCCAAAGCUUCGCCUCUUGGGGGAGUCAAAGGAAACUUUCCUUUGUAGCUUUCAUAAAAAUCUUGAGGCAUAAAGAGUGGAAGUAAGGAAAUAAGUUUUUUUCUUUUUAUCAGAAAUGGUUCCACCUCACCAAUCAAACGGCUUAAUAACUAUCGGUUUACUGCUGAGCUUCACAGGUGUUGAGCUGCUGUGUUGAUGCUAAGCUAACUGCAUCCAGACGCAUAUAGACAUGGGUACUGAUAAAGGCCAUACAACCUUUCCUGCACUUCAAACUGUAGCCAAUAUUGUAAAUUGCUUCAAUCAGUAACAAAGAAAACAAAGAUUUUGAGUCAUUAAAUUCUUUGUAAGAGCUGAAUUUCAGAGCUGUUUUCAGUAAUGUUUCCAUGUUGUUGUUGUGUGUGAUGAUUUAUUAUGUAAAUUCAGAGCUGUAUUUUUGAUCGGAGGUUUUAUUAAUGUAUUAAGGCAUUUUAAAUUAUGAAAUUUCUAUUUUUAAUACUGUUAGUGUUAUUUUUGUACAAAAACAAAGCUAGUACAUCACUUAGUCUUUUUCUUGAACAAAUACUAUUUUAUUUAAAGUCUGUACAAUCACUGUCUAAAAGUGCCAGAACUGAUACUUGACUACCUUCAGAUAAGUGCUUGGGAAAAUGUUGGUGAAAUCUUUAAUUGUUUUUUUUUGUUUUUUUGUCAUUGAUAUAAAUAUUAAAACUGCUUUUUUUAUUAUUAUUCAUUGUCACAACAUUCCCAGAAUUUUUCUUCUAUUAUUUCCACAUUCAGAUGUUUGUCUGUGAAAAUUAAUAAAAUGUACAUUUAUAGGAUGAAAUAAACUUGGGUUAAACUGGA